GUGGUGCAACAUGCGGACAGGGAGAUGAGCCUCCUCACCUUUGACCAUCUUCUGAACCUCAGUAUGAGCUUCCACGACAACCGACAGAUGGGAGAGAUCAUGAGGAUAUUGGGUCUCGGGGCGUCGAUCAAUAGUUUUUGCAACAUUGCCAUCGACUGGCUUCUCCCUCUGCUUCUCGACUUAGGCGUUGCCGUGGUCUACAUUCCUGUUGUCUUUGGGCCAGACAUGAUACUUAUUUUUGCCUCUGUCGUCGGCCUGUAUUCGGCGAUUUACGUCGUGAAGAACCGUUGGGAGACUGCAAUAACACGCCGGUUCAACAAACAAUGGCUGGUCGUAUCUUCGAUCGAGACAGACUGUCUGAUGAAUUAUGAGACAGUGAAGUACUUCACUGGCGAGGAACACCAGAGCGCACGGUACAGGGAGGCAGUAACCAAGCGACAACUUGACGGGCGGAAGUUAAUUCUGACAGAUGAGCUUACCAACGCACUGCAUCGGACCAUAGUAAACCUUGGAAUAAUGUUGGCGUUGUUGACAAUCGUCCGCCGCAUUGUGAUAGGAGAGGCGACCCCAGGCAUGUUUGUUUUGUUCAGCACCUACCUGGGGAGCUUCACGAGUCGCAUCACGUCUAUCGGCGAUGCCUUCUGGUUCAUGAGAACGAGCCUUGUCGAUGCCGAGAAGCUCAUCGAUCUACUAAAUGAGCCCGUCAAGGUGGCCGACAGACCUGGCGCAGAAGAACUCGUCAUCAGGGACGGAACAAUCGAGUUUGAGAACGUCAGCUUCAGCUACGAUGACCGCAAGGGAAUGAGUGCUGUCAGGAAUAUCUCAUUCACGAUCUCUAAGGGGAAGCAUGUCGCGCUCGUUGGGGAGAGUGGUAGCGGGAAGAGCACGCUGAUGAGACUGCUGUUCAGGUUCUAUAAUCUGAAGGAGGGACAGGGCAGGAUUCUGAUCGACGGCAAGGACAUCAGGGAGGUGACACAAAAGAGCUUGAGGCGGCAUAUCGGGGUUGUACCUCAGGAUGCGGCUCUAUUCAACGAAACCAUCGAAUUCAACAUCGGCUAUGGAAAGUUUGGGGCUUCUAAGGAGGAAGUCGAGAAUGCAGCAAAGGCAGCCCAAAUGCAUGAACAAAUCAUGUCUUUCUCAGAGCAAUACCAAACCGAGGUCGGUGAACGUGGGGUAAAGCUUUCGGGUGGGGAAAAGCAACGUGUUGCGAUUGCCCGCACGCUGCUUAUGAAUCCGCCGAUCAUCCUCCUAGAUGAAGCGACUAGUGCCCUAGACAUCAGAACGGAGAGGCAGAUCCAACAGGCACUGAAUAACCUGGUAAAGGGGAGAUCGAGCCUUACAAUUGCGCACCGGCUUUCGACUAUUGCAAACGCGGAUAUCAUCUUGGUUCUCAAAGAUGGGCAGAUCAUAGAGCGAGGCUCACACUCUGAGCUGCUCAGAGCGAACGGAGUGUUUGCUCGGAUGUGGACGGCGCACAUCACCGUCGAAGAGGGGAUUCCUUCCUUCGAUAUCAGUUGCAAAGCAGCUCUUGAAUAUUUCACAAUGCCGGUCGUUCCGGUUUACAGCAUCGGCGGAAUGCUCUCUGCUGACAGUGACAGUCUUCAAUCGUCCGUUGGCAAACCUAAGUCUUGUUCUACAAGUGACAAGGCGGAUCUGCAGCCCUCAGACUCUGCUUCAUGCGAUGUCACUCCCAUGGUUGUAUCUGACACUGCCGUCACCACCCUCCACCGGAGGAUGGAUGGGAUGGACAGCCCAGCUGGAUCUGUGAAACCUCAGGGGAAAGAGUAG